GCUUUGAAUGUAUUCGGAUAGUAUACGGGACUAGUGCAGAAUUGUAUUCGUGAAAAUCGACUUGUUUAUUUAAUGUUUUUUACUAAAAGACAACGUUGAUUCGCGAACAUCUAGCUGUGAAUAGUUUCAAGAAACCCUAGCACACACGCAUGAUUUCUAAAAUAAUUCCAAUGAGGAAGUGCACGUGACCAUUCUAAUCCUUAACCAAGUCUUCGAGUCUCCUAUGGGUACUCUUACAUGUUUAAGAGACUGACGCCACUGUUGUUCGCAGGUUUGCACUAACUGUGGCCACUUCUAUAGCCGCCACCAUUCGUGGAUUUUUAGGUCGUUUUGGUGCUAGCAUCAUGUGGUAAUGUAUGCAAAGGGUGUGACAAAUCCGCAUGGCCUGCCGUCGCAGCCAGCAGCAGCACCAGCAGCUCAGCAAGCAGCAGGCAAGUUACAAUGGUCAAAACGUUUCAGGCCUAUUUACCACCACAGUGUCAUCGCACAUAUUCGUGCAUACAUUGUCGAGCUCAUUUAGCAAAUCACGAUGAACUUAUAUCUAAGUCGUUCCAAGGUAGUCAAGGUCGAGCUUAUCUAUUUAAUUCUGUUGUAAAUGUAGGAUGCGGUCCCGCUGAAGAACGAGUCCUUCUCACUGGACUUCAUGCAGUCGCCGAUAUUUAUUGCGAAUGCUGUAAAACCACCUUAGGUUGGAAAUAUGAACAUGCCUUCGAAUCCAGCCAAAAAUACAAGGAAGGCAAAUUCAUUAUUGAACUAGCUCAUAUGAUCAAAGAGAACGGUUGGGACUGACAAAACUGAAAACCCUCAAAAGUGACUUAUUAAAAAUGUUCCUUGAAGUCAUUAAGGACAUAGAGACAAUGUCUUAUAGACUCAAAUUGAACAAUAAUUUCUGUUUUUUGGACUGGACCUAAGAGAUAAGUGUAUGACUUUUAAUAUAUGAUAGUUUAAAAAUUUGAAUCGAAACCAACAGUUGUGUGACCUAAUUUUCUUAUUAUUAGAAAACGUGGUGAGAAGUAUAAGCAUUGGAUGUUGUGAAAAUUAUUGACUGUUGUAUGCUUAAUAGUAAGGCACUGUACUAGGUAACAGGAAGAUUCGAAUAAUGAUUUAUCAAUUAAGCUAUACCGUGUUCAUAUAUCAAAUAAUCAAGAAAGGUAUAAAAAUGUAUUAUUACUCUGUAUAGAUCAAGUAUUUUGUAUUUGUCAUACAUUGAUAAGUAGAAGAAAAUUCUCUUUUUCACAUUGCAUUGUUUUCAAAUUUAGUAACCCGACAAAUAGAACUGUUUCAAGUCUAAUGUUAAUAUUAUAAUUUCUAGCUCCACCACAAAAGUGAAAUAUUUUGUUUGUUUCCUACUUCAAUUCAAUUUUUAUUAAUUAUUUAAAAAUUGAGAGCAAUUGUACUGGAAUGAAUACCUUUCUUUAUUUUGGUAUCAUCUAAACGGAUUGAAGAUGUAUUUUACUAUGAUAAUUCGAUAUUAAAUGACUUCUCAAGAACAGAAUAAUGCAUUUAAAAGUCAGCUUAUUGAAUGAAUAUUCAUUAUAACUAUUUUAAUUGAUAAAUCUGAAAUAUCUAUAAAUCAUUUUCACUCCGAAUUAUCUUAAGUAAUAUUCAAGAAUUUUCCUGUAACUCACUUUUCUCUUCACCUCCUAUCCACUUUAGGGAACAAUGUGCAAUCGUCAUUAUCGUAGAACUUGAAGCUCUUUACAAAGCAUUCUGUGUUAGCAAUGGAAACUGUAUCUGUGGUAAAGAAUCUGAGAUAAAAAAUGUAUAAAAAAUGUACGGAUCUGUAAAUGGAACAAUCUGUUUUCCGUAAGGAUUUGACAGUUGUAAAUAGAAAUUAGUUCGGCAAAACAUAUUUUUAGUAAGAAUCUAUAAAUUUUCAAACUUAUUUUCUCAUUGCAUUGUAUGUUGUAGAUUAUAAUGCCGAUAACAGUAUUUCAUUUCGAAUAAUAUUUAAGAAAAAAUAUAAUGAACCGUUUUUAUGUCCAUUAAUAGCCCUAUAAGUGGUAAUGUUUUUUAAGAACAAUCUUGAGAAACAACACUGUUCAGAUUUCAGAAUUUUACAUAUUCUCACUUUAAAUUAAAAAGAACAUUAAACUUAACUUUAUCAGAGAAAUAUUAUAUUAAAAUUAAGUUUUUUGGAAAUGUCCAGGCACAAAUCAGCAUACUUUAUUUUCGAAGUGAACUAAGAACAAAAUUAAAGAAUUCACUUUGGAAUUUAUAUCUUUUAAUAAAAGGCAAUAUAAUUAUUUUGAAAUAUAUUUUUCAAAUGUUGAACAAGUGAUUGAUAUAAAUUCUAUCCUCAUUGUCUACUUUUGAAAUUUUAACAGGAUAAAGAUCGUGGAAAUAAGCGCACAACUUGAGAUUCUUGUACGCGGUGUGGCAAUUAAGUUUAUCAUUAAACAUAAGCAAAUAAAGUUUUAAUCAAAACUUUAUGAUAGACCUUCAUAUUAGUUUAAUUUCAUAUCUACACAAUAAUUUCAAUGAUGUGCCUACCAUUAAAAAUAUCCUUGAUUAAUCCUUAACUCACUUAGAACCACGGUUACGGCUUUUUGACUUCCUCUACAACGCCAUGAUAAAUUUCUUUGAGGCAAGACUUCAUCUUGAACAAUAAAACUAAUUAAAGGGAAAUAUACACUUUUACCGUAAAAUAUGUACAUUUUCCGUUUUGUUAAAUGUAUACUCUUACCCAUAUGUUUUAAAAAAAGUUGGAAUACAAAUAAAUUAUAAAUGUUGUUCCAGUAAAAAAAUAUUUAUUUAAUAAAUAAACAUAAUACAAAAGUCUUUAAUAACGAAAAUUAUUUUAUUAAAAAAUGUAAAUGCCAAACAAAACAUACUUUUCUUUGCAUAUUACAUAAUAUUUUGUAGGUUAUGAUCCCAAUAUUCCUAAAUACAAUUUUCUUCCUAGUUCUUCAGGACCAAUACGAUGGUAAUCAAACAAAUAAUAAUAAUAACAUACUUUUCUUUUUAUAACAGUUAAAUUUUAGAAAACUAUAAAGGAACAUAUAAAAAUUUCAUAAUGAACAAAGUUAUAAAAGUUUUAUUCAUUUGAGCAAGAAUUGCUAUUGUGGCACUUGGAAUUACAUAAUAUUCCAGCAUUUUUACAACUGCAUUUUUUUGAGGAUCAUGUUCCUUUACAGAUACAUCUUUUAAAAACAUCCACCAGUAAGGGUCUGCAUUCUUAUAAUUUCUCUUACCGAUUUCUCAAAAUCUUGAGGAACAUCUUCGAAUGAUAUAAACUUUUGGUCGGAAAUAGCAAAUUCAUGCCUAAAAUAAGAUUGUUUAAAAAAAAAUUAUCUCCUCUCUUGUCAAAAACAACGCAAAUCAAAUUUUUUGGAUCACUAUCAACAUCCGGAAUGGAAACUCUAACAUUGUCAUCAAUCACAGCAGCAGGAACUUUUGUAUGCUCACAUUUACCAAAACGACAUGGUCACUGUGAAUUCAAUGUACAUUUCCCUUAUUUGAAAUUGUAAAUGUUAUUUGAAUACACAUUACCCAAUCGAGAAGGCAAAUGUGCACAUUUACCGUAACAUAAAACGCGUGCCGUUGGCAACAUCAGGAUGAUGACAUAGAAGAUUUCAGUCACUGUUAGCUGACAGAAAUAAUGCUGUGAAUAUUCAAUGUAUUCAUUUGAAACUUUGACAUCUUCGCUUUUUUUAUAUUCUUCACUCAUGUUUCCCUUUACGCAUCUCCAAGUCCUAUUCAAACAUCAGGUCUCAUCUCCAGUAAUUACAUGUUCUCACUAAAUUUGCUCCGAAAACGGUACUACAAAUCCUUGUAAAUCGUUUAUUGCAUUUGGUUUUGUUUAUGUAGGAGAACUGUUGGCAUCAUCUUUACGCAAAUCUUUUGCAUGUUUAAAUCUUCUUGUAACAUCUUAUGUACAGUUUCUACAAUACAAUCAGGCAACGCCUGAUUGAUUAGGCAUCGGUUAGACGUGAUCUGCUUUCGCAAACGAUCAUGUCGAUACGAAUAGUAACGGAAGCUCCUUCAUGUGCAUCAUAUUCUACAUAAUCUCUAAAAUAGCAUUUUUACAAAAAUUCCAUAAGCUACAAACUAAACGAGCUAUCAACUAAAGGCUUGAUGUAUAACUAAAAGAGAAGGCUCUUUUGCUAUGAAGAUGUGAAUGAACUGACACAGUGUCGCCACUUCCCGAAUUAUACUUAACUGUGACCAGAACAUAAUUGACACCUUUCGUAAUUAUAAAAAUAACUUUGACAUUAUUCUAUCAUUACUAUAAAUAAACCUUCUUCCUUCAGUGGGAUUCGCAUUCAAACUUUCUUUAGUUUCCAAUGCACUAGCGCUCCAGUAAUUUGUUGAUUUUUCCGAUUAAAUAAUGUCUUCAAUAUUGUAUGCAACUUAAAAGUAUAUUUAUAGCAAUUACUGGUGUCUUCAGCUACAUAUAUUAAUUUAGUAUUGCAAUUAUUUACAUAAAAAAUUUUAAAACAUUAUGUAUUUCUUAAUUUUAUGAAAUGGCAAUUUUUGACAAUCUACAAGAAUACUUAAAUUUUCGCUCUGUAUAAAGUCUUAAGUAUCUUGUGUAGGUGAUACGAAAAGUUUAUUGUACAUGUGCGUAAAGUGGAUAUUCUAUACGAGUGUGACAAAAGGAUAUACCACGAGCCGAACUAGUUGCGCAAUAAACUACUAUUGCUAUAGAAUUUAAACAAAUAAUUCAAUAUUGCCGAAUUUCUUUCUAUUAAAAAUCCACAGAUUGUUCUAUAAGUGCUACAGCACAAGUCAAAUUAGACUUUCUGGCGUCGACAAAUCGUUUAAUGUCGUUCGUCUAUCAAAAAAAAAAAAAAUAAAGAACUGACAGUGUGUAUAUUGUCACAUAUUUAUUUUUACUGAAUGUAUCAUUGGUUUUCGAGUUAAAAGGUUCAAUGAUGCGAUAUGACUCGACCAACACCUUUAGGGUUAUUUUUUUGUGGAUAUGAUCUCAUCAAAUUCUUGACCGUAUAUUUGGUCUAAAAGUCGAUAUCAGAGUACACAACUAAAUUUGAUUGAUUGCUUCAACAGCUGGCAUAAAAUAUUGUUACUUAUCUUAUUUUUAUUAUAUGGUUUGCUAAUAUUAUACCAAUGGGAUCAGAUUUGAUACGUAGUAGUGUAUAGGGAAUGUACAAUUUGUUUGCAAUGAAUAGUUGUGUCAUAAUUUGUUGUCACUAAUUAGAGUUAUCUUGAUGUUAAGUUAAAGGUUGAAAUAGAUAUUCAAAAAUUAGGCUACAGUUGUUCCUGGUUUUCAAAAACGUUUUAAUUUACCAUAAAAAUUAUUUUAUAUACAUAAUUAACAAAAAGGUCAUUUUUGUUACUGAUUUAAAAAUAUUUUACUUAGUUUUUGUAUCUAGAUCUAGAUGUUGCUGAAUAUUUAUCUUCUAAUAAAUUCACAGAAUAACCCCAAUGUUGAUUUAACAUCAUUUGUCUAUAAGAAAAAAGUAAGAAUUAAGAAUUUCAUUGAUGCAUAUACAGUAAAAGCUCUUUAUUCGCGGGGUAUAUGUUCCAAAAUAUGCAGCGAGUACAGAAACCGUGAAUACGAAAUGGUAAUUUGUAUGGGAUUAUGGGGGGAUACGUACCUAGACAAAAUAAAUAAAUAAAUACAUAAAAAACAAAUAUAUAAAAAAUCAAUUUUAUCUAAGUUUUUGAACAUUUUGUUGAAUUAUCUUUAGGCUUAGGCAACGGUUUGAAGAAUUUUGUAAUUUUCUCUUUCUUGGUAGUUUUUAAAAGCUCCUUCAAUUCAGACUUAUACGGAGCAGUCGCAUUAGCAAUUUGCCUCUUAAAAAUAAAGCUUCGUUCCAUAGACGGAUCAAUGUUCAUAAAGAAAUCGCAAAGCUCAUUUGCAAUUCUUAAUCCUUCACUAAGAUUUUUCAAAUUAAAUGUCACGUUUCCAGUGCUUGUUGAAGCUUCUUCUUCAAUGGGCUGUGAAAUUAACAUUUUCUCCAUGUUGGUUUCAGUCAAAUCUUCUUCUUCCGAUUCAAGCAAUUCCUGAAUGUCAUUUGAUUCUAUCUGCUCGAACCCAUCUCGUCCUAUUCCAUUCGCGAUUUCGGCUAUGUUUGCAGUCAUAGUUUGAACUUGCACAGAUUCUUCAUCAUUUUCCGCAGUCAGAGCAGGCCACAGUUUUUUCCAGCAUGACUUCAAUGUGUGUGGCUUCAGUUCUUCCAAUGAUUCUUUUAUGAUAACUAUGUCAAAUUUCUUCCAGCAUUCCAUAACAUUCAUAUCAGGAUUACAUUCCAUAUUAUCCAAUAUGAUUCAGAUGUAAUAGAGCUUAAAGGCCUGUAUUAUUCAAAGCAGCAAAGUGACUUUUACCAUAGAACGGAACAGCAACAUUUAAAAUAUGUAUAUGUACUUCAUCAUUGAAUAAUAAGGUUGCUUUCAAUCUGUUUAUUUACAUUCUAAAAAACACCGAUUGCAGCGAAGGCGGCUUAUGUCAAAGUCGUCUGCAAUAUCUUUUAACAACAUACUUUAGGCAAAGUUUUUAUAAGAUCUAUUUUACUUUUUUUAUUAGUCCAUGUGACGGCAUUUACAAUGGAUAUUGGGUUGGAUACCUAUUGGAAUCCUUUUAUUAUUAUGUACGUACUUAUGAGAUCCGCGAAUAAAGAAAUUUUUAGCCGCGAAUAUAGGAAUUGGGUUACAUUUUUUUACACCACGAAUAGUGAAAACGCGAAUGAAGGAAGCGCGAAUAAGGAACUUUUACUGUAUUUAAAACCGCUAAACACUCAAUACUUUGCACAAGAAAUAGUAUCAAAUUAGUAACGUUUUUAACAAUUAUCUUCUUCAUUCAUAUUUUCCAACUUUACAAAUAAAAAAGUGUUAUGAUAUAUUCAAUAAUUGUACAAAAAAAUUAUUUAAAGUCAAUAUUCUGAAAAAUCUUAACGCAUCUUUUUUUCCCUUCUUACAUAUAAUCACACUUUAGUCUUAUUGAUUCUAGUUUGAAAUCCACUACUAUUUUUUCAGGGAAACAUUUUACUUGAAAAAAGAUUUUAACACUAUUACUGGAAGUAUUUUUCAACUCUGAAAACAGAUACUUUUUUCAACACAAUUGAAUGUAAUUCUUAAAACGAUAAAACUGAAAGUGUUUUAAUCGAGCUCAGCUACUAGCAGUUUUCUUUGGUCUUUUCAUACAAUUUCCUAUUACUUAGUAUCAAAAAAUAAAAAUGGAUAUAUUUGUUAUUUUUAACCAAAUAUUAUGGCACACACUUCAGCACUUAGAUAAUAUUUGAAUGUAAAUAAUGAUUCUCAUCUAAAUAUUAAAGUGGUCAACAGAAUGAACGCGAACAUGACGCGCUCUAGACUAAAUAUCAAAAAUAGUUCAACUUGUUGAGGACUAUGAUAACGCACACAAUAAUUGCGCUUGUACGCAUUUUUGACGUCUAAGUUUACCAACUUUUUACGCGCUGAUCGUCAAAAACAUAACCUCACUUUUCUAGAUACCCCGAAAAAUGAGUUCUCGGAGUAAAAGGCAAAUAGAAUUUAUACGUGCUCAUGAGUGUUUAUAUAACAAACAGCCGGCUGGGUAGAAGAAAAGUACAAUUUGGCAGAACAUAUAAAAGCAUUUGCCCAUUUAAAAUUCCAUGCCAAACAGGUGUUUAACUUCCUGAUCUUAUCGACAACGAGGUCACUGUUUAAAUUUCUUUAUAUAAGUACACUAAUAUUGAUAGUUUAUUAAGGUUAUGUUUACGAGCGAACUAGCGUCACGUUCGUUUUCAUUCUGUGCUCCACUUAAAUGGAUCAGUUGACGAAACUCUGUACUCUGAUAUCAAUAAAAGCUUACAUUUUUACCAUAUGAUUGAAAAAUAAUCCUUAUAAUAGGCAAUCAUUUAAAAUAUUUGAAAGUAUGGUAAAUUUGUAUUUAUUUGUAUAUUAUGAAUUUUAUGUUGACUUUAAUUUUUUAUUUAGUUUAAUUUUCUUAUCAGUUUUAUGAUGAGAUUUUUUUUUGAUAAUAAAUAAUUAAAUUGC